CUUCAACAUGGCGGCCGUUGGCUUGCCAACCUAGAGCUGUUUAGGUUUUCUUUGUUUUCAUAGUUAUUUGUGUGUUUCACUCGAAAAUAUUCGUUUAGUAACAAUCUUUUUAUAUGCCAGUGUCUUAAUUUAUUUGUUAAGCAAAGUGAGUGCUGUGAAAUUGUGCCUUAAAGGUGUUGCUAUUUUCAGUUCAGUUUCGGCAGACACCAUUCUUCAAGGCAUUUUCUUCGAUAGUAAUGAUAAAUAAUUAUAGCUAUUUUGGAUUAGGAUUUGGUUUAACUGCAUGACAUCUUGGAGACAAAAAUAUUUGCAGAGAGUGUAAUGUGACUGUGGAGUGUCGUGAAUGACGGUGAGGGCGGAUGCUGGCCUAGUAUGGGCCAACAGCCUGACACAACUAUGAACCCCGCUGUCUCGGGCAAGUCCUCCACCCGCUCCUCGGGCUACCACCAGAAAGCCCUUGCGGAGAUACGUAACUCACUACUGCCGUUUGCCAACCAAGGUGGCGACAACGGCGUAGGGUCGAGUGCGGCCAGUACUAUAUCCACUCUCUCCACCACCUCCGGUGUCAGCUCUGCGUCGGGCCUCAGCUCAGCCUCCAACGGAGUCGACAAGGAGAUCGGAGCUCUCGUACGCCAGGCUCAUGCUCAGCUAGUAGCCAUGGGCUAUUCAGAGGAAGCAUCAUUGAGGGCCUUGAAGCUGUCCAAUGGAGGCUUUGAGGCAGCCCUUGACUUUCUCAUCAAGCAACAGAAUGAUUCCGGUGUCAACGGCCUCACCAAGGUCGCCUCUUCAGGGUUGUCAAAGCUGAUUCGCAAGCCCAGCCUAGAGCGGGAGUUGAAUCUUCAUCGUGGCAGUCCAGCUCUGGAUAGUGGUGCGGGCAGUUCUAGGUCUGAUAGUCCUCGUCAGUCCGUGGAGCAUCCUCAGCUGAGUCGACAGUACUCUCCAGGAGGGUACACGGAGCCCCCACCACCUCCCCCUCCUCGUAGUGGCUCUACCCCUCCCCCGCCACCUCCGCCACAUGCACCAUACCCGCCUAUGCUCAAACGUAUGUCUCCAGCCCCGGUUCCGGUGGCUAGAGGCACUAGUCCAGUAGCCGUAACAUCGCGGCAACCUAUGAUCGUCCAGAAUGGGCCUCAGGUCCAACAACAACUCUCACAACAAAUGCAAGCUCUAAGUUUGUAUUCUACCAACUCUGAACCUCCCCCGCCCUACCCUAUCAUACCUCCCUCACCCUCUUCGGCUCCACCUCCACCCUCCUACUCUGCAUCUAUCGCCAACAGACAGAGUCCGACUCAAGGCUAUGAUCGGAAGAGUCCCUCGUCCGGUGUCUAUUCGGGCCCAGCGUCUGCUGGGUCUCCUAGUCCCACCCCGACAGUACCAGCCCCUCUACAGUGUUGGAGCGCAAGACAGGCCAAGACUCAACCUCCAAUAAUCAUGCAGUCUGUCAAGAGUACACAGGUUCAGAAACCUAUCUUACAGACUGCCACUGCUCCGCCCCCUCCCACUGUGACACAACCCCCACCUCCCUCUUAUGCCUCGUCUAUCCAGCAGAAGCAACAGAAAGCGAUUGUGCAACCUCAGCAGGCCUCGGUCAGUGUAGUAACUACCGUUCCGACCACAGAGCCUCCCAGUUACGCAAGCACUAUGCAAGCUUUGGCUGCUCAGCGAGGAAUGCCUCCUCCUCCGCCGUACGGUGAGGAAAACUUCAGUGGUACUGCAGCAGUGGCGACUGUCGAGAGCACAAUCGCUCCCCGCACUUCUCCUGGACUUCAUCCUCAUCCUGUACUGCAGAGGAAAUUCUCACCUGCGGAGUCGAGGGCAGAGAGUCCAAUCCAGACGACCCCUCCUCUCCCUCCUGUCGCAUCAACGUCACAACAGAAUGGUGAGAGGAAACAAUUUAAAAUCAACCACCAGUCACCCAUCCCAGAGAGGAAGCACAUGAGUAAAGAAAAAGAAGAGGAAAGGAGGGACUGUAAAGUUCGCAACUACUCGCCUCAAGCCUUCAAGUUUUUUAUGGAACAACAUGUUGAAAACGUCAUAAAAUCACACAAACAGCGGGUCUUUAGGAGGCUUCAGCUUGAAACAGAAAUGGCAAAGAUUGGUCUAAGCCCUGAAGCCCAAUGUCAGAUGAGGAAAAUGCUCUCGCAGAAAGAAUCCAACUACAUCAGGUUAAAGAGAGCGAAAAUGGAUAAGUCUAUGUUCAUUAAAUUAAAGCCGAUAGGUGUAGGAGCGUUUGGCGAAGUAACGUUGGUAAGAAAAAUCGAUACAAACCAUCUGUACGCAAUGAAGACACUUAGGAAAGCUGACGUUCUCAAAAGAAAUCAAGUUGCACAUGUGAAAGCAGAGAGAGAUAUUCUGGCAGAAGCAGACAACGAAUGGGUCGUCAAACUGUACUACUCUUUUCAGGACAAGGACAACCUGUAUUUUGUGAUGGAUUAUAUUCCUGGGGGCGACCUCAUGUCUCUUCUCAUCAAGUUAGGCAUCUUUGAGGAGCCUCUGGCAAGGUUUUACAUCGCCGAGUUGACGUGUGCGGUGGAGAGUGUACACAAGAUGGGGUUUAUCCAUCGAGACAUCAAACCCGACAAUAUCCUGAUUGACCGCGACGGCCACAUCAAGUUGACUGACUUUGGACUGUGCACUGGGUUUCGUUGGACGCACAACUCGAAAUACUACCAACGAAACGGAGAGCACAAUCGGCAGGACUCUAUGGACCCGAGUGAGGACUGGCGAGGCGCUAACAGUGAGUGUCAGUGUCACCAGCUGAAGCCACUGGAGCGACGACGACGACGCGAGCAUCAGCGGUGUCUGGCACACUCCCUGGUCGGCACGCCUAACUACAUCGCUCCAGAGGUGCUGCUCAGGAAGGGCUACUCGCACGUCUGUGAUUGGUGGAGUGUUGGCGUCAUAUUGUACGAGAUGCUUGUAGGUUCACCUCCCUUCCUGGCCAACACGCCCGCAGAAACGCAGUAUAAAGUAAUCAACUGGGAAACUACGCUUCAAAUACCAAAAGCUGCUAAUGUUUCACCAGAAGGAACGGACUUAAUACUCAAACUGUGUACAAGUGCUGAAAGACGAUUAGGGAAAAAUGCAAACGAAAUCAAAUCGCAUCCGUUUUUUGCGAGCAUAGACUUUGAGAAAGGUGUUAGGAGGUGUUCGCCCCCGCAUAUCCCGAGGAUACAAUUCUCUACGGAUACUUCCAACUUCGACCCCGUCGACCCGGACAAACUGAGAAACUCUGCGUCAUCGGACUCGUCCAAAUCCGACGAGUUCUCAGACAGUGGUAAACCGUUUCACGGAUUUUUUGAAUUCACGUUUAGAAGGUUCUUCGAUGACGGAGGCGGAACUCCUUAUCCCAACAAAAUUAGUUUGGACGAUAACGAUACCCAAGGUGCAGUUUACGUAUGAUUUUAGAUAUCUUACGAUAGUCGUGUUAAUCCUUACAGAGCUACUGGGCUCGUGUUAACAUUUACAAAUGAAUGUAUAAUGUUAUUUCACUGUGAGAAGUAGUCGGGCGUGUAACGUUGUGACCUGCAUUACAAAUGUGUAAUUGUUAACAAGGUUGAGGUGAUGCCUUAUGUUUAGAGUUUUCAGCAAUAUUUAAAGUUUAAACCGAGUCUCUAUUGUGCGUUAUAAUGAAAUGUCCUAUUCAUUAAUUUUCAUGUUUGCUUUAUAGUUAUAGUUUCUUUCCAGUUCAGAAUGAAUUUGUUAAAUUCAGGGCUAUUCUUUCACUAAUAAUUAUGAAAAUCAUAAAAUUUGUUAAUGAUUAGGUGGAAAUAUAUUUCACUGUCCAAAUUUGUUUUACAGUAAGCCUAUAUGUUAAUGAUCCAAUAACAAAAUGGUGCCUUAAAACAUUACAUUAAAUUCUUUAAUGAUUUCUUCAGUUCAAUAUUUGAUCAACAGUACCUAGGCCUACCACUGGGCUACCAUAUUUUUAAAGUUUGAUUUCACCGCGUGAUACUUAAAUACUGUUCAUAUUCCUAUAAAUGAUCGGCUCACCUCAAGCUCGGCCUGUUAAGUCAGUCGGUAUGUGAUAUCCAUGUUCUGAUAGCUAGUUCUAUCUACUCUAUGUGAUCUAUGUGAAUCACAAUAAAUAGUUUUAUCAUCGUAGGUUUUGUUAACAAGUUUUAUUCUUAAUAUAUAAUACGUGUUGGGGUGUGUGUUAGGACUAUGUAUAUUUAAUUGUUUAGUGUGUCUAUGUAAGCAUGAGUGUGUGAGUUUGCGUAAUGUCGUCGAUACUUUCUAUGUAGUGCCUUAAUAGUAAACAGUCACAAAACUAUGUGCCAAUAAUAGUGUUAUUGUAUUUUUACUCAUUUGUACACAGUGGCUUUUUGACUGACAAAUUUUACCGUGGAUUUUUAAUUCUGUAUUGCGCUUUAACCAGAUCGAUGUUUUAAUUUUAAAUAUGAAUGCAGUAGUGUGAGCAAUUUUAGGCCUUUUUAUGCAAGUAUUUAUCACAAAUGCCUUUAAAAGUUCAUUACAGCUGCCUUUGAUCAAACUUAUACCUACGUUAGUUAAAUUCACUAUCUUGUUAAGUACUAGAUUUGUUUAUUGAUAAACAAAAGUCUAUCCCCAGUUGUUGACAGUUUGGAAUGAAAAUGAACAUAGUUGAAAGAGCUACCGACAUAGUACCCAUUUAUGAAUAAGUGAUAUGUCAAAUACACUAACUUUUUUACCAAGUCAAACUGAUGACAACUUAUGUAAGUUGUACUAUAUUUUUUGUCUCAUCAACUAUCUUGCAAAAAAAAAACUACGGGGAAAAUAGAAUUAUACUGUGGUCCCUUCAACCAUGUUUUCCCUGAAACACAAUAUGCCACAGCUGGUCCAUAUAGAUGAAAUGUCUACUUCAGAAGGUAUCCAAAUAGCCAAUGUUAUUAUUUUAUCACAACACUUGUCUUAAAGCAAUAUAUAAACACAUUUUCCUUGUUCACAAUGAUUUUUCAAACUGGGGCAUUAUUUGAGUUGAAAUUAAUUUUAGUCAGACAGUUAAAAAAAAGUAGUUUUGUUGAAAAUUGUUGGACUGUUGGUAACUUAUGGUACUGUUUUGUUGUAAGUUUAGAGAACUGACCAAUGUCAGUAUAAUAGGUAUUUAUUGUCACAGUUGUUAUACGAGUGGAGACUAGCCAGUAAGUUUCUUGUUUUCUAUUAAUAACUGAGCUAAGAGGUAUUCUGUUACAUUACGACACAGGUUCAAGUGAAAUAGUAUAAUUUGGUUUGCAUGUAACGCUGUUAUCCUUAAUUUGUUACAAUGAGUAAAGAGGUUGGCAACACGGAUGCAAAAGGUCGACAUUGUUGUAGUUUCGGACGAAUAAGCUCAUUGCUAAGUAAUUUGACUAUGUUGCUUACCUCUUUUUAUGCAAUACAAUAUAGUCCAGUAAAUUGAUCUUAUCUAUCAGCACUAAUUGAACACAUAAGUAUUUGUUGACAAAUUUUAAACUUUAGAGUAACUGUUUGGUGAUUUAAGCUAGUUUGCUUUUAUAAAGUUUAUGAUCCUUUUACAAUAAGUGCCUUUAACUUUGGUUUAUAUAUCGGGUUUAUACAAAUUAUACAGGGGAUAAUAUCUCUUUUGUUAGGGAAAUAAUGGUUCUAACAAAAAGAAUAUUAUUAGAUUGGUUGUCUUAGUGUGCCUUUUUAUCAGUUAAAAAAGUUAGUAAGUGGUUUAAUAGAGAAGCCCGACUAAGGAAUGUGGUUAUUCCAUAUCUAUGUAUCUUAUAAAAAUGCAAUAAUAAUCCAAAAUUUAAUUUUGCUACUAAAAUGUUGAUGCUUAUACUAUCUGAUAUGUAAAUGUAUCAUUGAUGAUUGAAUAAAUCAUUUCAUUAUCAUUUGACAAUCGACACAUUCAAGUAAAAAUAACUCAAAAACUGUGUAAAGUUAAACUCUCACCCUCUUCAAUUGGGGCCUUUUAAAACUUUGUGCCUUUUGAAGUCUAAAUCUGUGUACAUUAAACAAAAAAAGGGGAACUGUUGAAUUUUGCUGAAAAAUAAAAUGUCUGCGACAGUUAAAUUUUUUUAUUUGUUAAUUGCCCAAUAUUUAGGAAAAUAUUUCUGUAAAAUAACUUCUCCUUCUUAUUUACUAUAUUAGUAAAUAUUAGUAAGUUACUUGUAUUUAAAAUUCCCUGUGAAGUGUUUUAAGGAAUGAUUAGAAAUUGUAAUUGCCUGACCACACAUAGCGAAGGUGGUUUAAUCGAUUUGGCUUUAAAUAAAUGAUCCUGGCUAAUGAAACAGCUGAUCUUAGUCAGUAACAAAGCUACACAGAUCAUUUCAUACCAUUCUACACUCAUCCUUCACUCAUAUUUGGGUUAAAAUAUCCACCUGGUCCCUAUCUCAAUUGCUAACUGAUCAAGGCAUUUUCGUUUGUAAACCAAGUUUUAUAAUACACUAGAACCUCUCUGGCCGACCUUACGGAAACCAAAAUAUUUAGAAUAUGCCAUGGACUGACGCAGAAAUUCCACUUGGCUUUAGACCAUGUUAGUUUGUUCACACCUUGCUAGUAACACUUAUUUUUUUAAGUCCACACCAGUGGCAUUUUAUAAAGUAUAAAGGCAAAGCGGUCUAUUUGCUGAAAUGGUUGUAGAUAUUCAGCGAUUAAUUUGUUACUUUUGGCCCAAAUUCAAGCAAAAGGUGUUCAUUACAUAUUUGAGACCAUAUGAGAAUAUGUACAGACCCACUUUCACUCGUGUUUUGAACGUCACUUUUCGCUACACUACAAAGACUAAUUUUGUUCUUAACUAAAACAGACAUUGGAUAUUUCUUUAUUAUAGUUCUAGGAACAUUAUGAAACUCAUAGCAUUUUUCAGGUUAUGCCUUCAAUUUAAUGUUAAUGUUUACAUUGGCUGUUGCAAAUUCUUUGUUUGUUUGUGUCGGCAGAAUAAAAAAAAAGAUAGUAAACAUUACUUUUGCAUACAAUACAUUCUUUUUCGAUAGUAAAUAAUGUAAUGAGGAAUUUUCAAGCGUGAUAAACAGGUAACAAAAACAGGUAAUUCCACAGUAGUGUAGUGAAAAUUUGUUUUUCAUUAAUUUUUUUUAUUCAGAGUAAGUAUACCACCUGACCACAUUUUGGUUUUUUGAUCAGUUGAAUAUCUUAUUUUUUUGCGCUACCCUAUUUAGAACUGGAGGCCAAAUGAGGGGUUCUAGUGUGUCUACUUAUAUAAAUUUACUAUUCAUAGUGUUUAGUGGAGUGGAUCAUGGUAAUUUACAAUGUUUUUUCAAAUUAAUAUUUUACUUAGGCUAACUGUUUAAUAAUGUAAGGCCUUUUAUGUGUUCAUCUACAGAUUUUAAGUGAAGAAGUUAUUGUUCAACAUAAACAUUCAGUUUUUUAAAGUUGGUUUGAGAUAUUGUUGAAAUACAUUUAAAAUUGUAAACUCUGAACAAAUAAUCUGAUAACAAUGUUGUUGAAAAUGUCAUAGUUUAAGGAGUUGUUAUUUAUUUGCAUUACACAUAAAAUCAUUGUAUAUUGACAUAAAUCUCAAAAUUUAUGAAUGAGCGUGUUUAGUGGUUUUUGAAUGAUUGUAUUGUCAAAAUGUAUGAAAAUUUUAUUGUAAGUUUUCAGCUGUUGUUUUGUGGAAGGAAUUGAAAUAGUUACUAUAAACAGAGAUCUGUAUGUGGGAUCAGAUUGCACCAUUGAUUGUAUACAACGCGAGUAGACCACUCUGAUGCAUUGGUUUGAAGACGGCAUAAUGGACUGAUCAUGUACACAAGCUUUGAUUUACAUUCAUCUUUUGAUACAUUGGUUAUGUGAGCUAUAUUAACAAUAUUGAUUUUCAAUGAUUCAAGAACUCGGGCAACCAAAAAAUUAAACAUUGAUUAUAUUCUUGAAACUUGCACCAAUAAUUUCUUUGUUUGAAGUUCAUUGUUAGGGAUGGUGAGUUAAUAUUGUUCAAAGGUUUAUUGCGGAUAUUUUCCAUCACGAUACUAAAAAAACAACACUACAUUUCCAGAUCCCCAAACGUUUUGUAUUGUUUUUUUACCAUCGUGUUGGAAAAUGUCCACGAAAACCGUUGAAUGACAAAUAAUUUAUUAACACACUCACAUUCAACACUCUUCAGCUUUUGGAGAAACUGUUCGGUUGGUAGUGAACGAGUUAAUAUAUCAACAAACCUUGGUGACAAUGACAAUAGUAUAAAUAGCUGAUCUGAUUCUAUGGAUUAAUCACAAAAAACUCACAUAACCAACCAUUCUGAAAGGUGAACUUAUACAUGAAAUUAUAACUAGAACCUAAACUUGUUGCACAUGUACAGUUCUGCCGUCUUGAUUCCCGCGUCUACUUGUGUGGUGAGAGUGAGAGGCAGACAUCACAUUCAUUGCCGCUUAGUCAAACGUCGUAGAGAGUUACCAUGACUGACCAGCACACCCCCAACUGAAGCUCUCUCAACUUGUAAAUAUUGCUAUCUUCCAGCUUUUGUAAUUAUCGUUUUACUAUAAAUAUAUUUAUACACGUAUAUAAAUAAUUAACAUUUUUUAGCUUUUAUUAACAUUAAUAUAUAAAUAAAUUAAUAUAACGGUCCGAUGUAAAUACGUUAUUUAAUGGAUGUCGGAAACGGCGCGUGCUAGUGGAGUGAAAAGCUUAUUAACGGGUUUGUGUGACGACGCACUAACACCGGUCCGAUGGAGUGAUGUACCAAAAAUAUUAACAUCGAAUUUAACGAGUUAGUGCCUUUGUGUUUUUAUAUGAAGCUAUGUACAGUCCAUGUGUAAGUAGUGUAUAAUAUGUUGACCUGCCAUGAUGCUCGUGCUAGUGAUACUGUAUAUUAUUUAAAUUUGGCAAUACAUAAAUAUGUUUUAAACAAA